GCGGGGAUAGGACGCCGAGAUUGGAAGGGGGCGGGGACAGAACCAGGGACUGGAAUACCGGGGAGGCACACGCGAGACAGGAAUCGGGGUUCCUGUGUGUGGGGUGAUCCGGGGCGUGCAGGAACUCCGGAAGCCCACCGACCAAAUCGUGGACUCGUCGCCCUGGGUUGCCUAUGUCUAUGCAAGUGGGAGACAGGCCUGGCGCUCCAAAUCGGGGGUCGGGGAGGCGUCAUCCGGCUUGGUCCCCAGGAUCCUAUCGGCGGACCCCCGACCCAGCGUAGGGCCCGGCGGGACAUGGCUGAAGCGCACCAAGCCGUGGGCUUCCGACCCUCACUGACCUCGGACGGGGCGGAAGCGGACCUCAGUGCCUCGGCGCUGCAGGACAUCUACCUGUCCGGACUGCGCUCCUGGAAAAGGCAUCUCUCCCGGUUCUGGAAUGACUUUCUCACUGGUGUGUUCCCUGCCAGCCCCCUCAGCUGGCUCUUCCUCUUCAGUGCAAUCCAGCUCGCCUGGUUCCUCCAGCUGGAUCCUUCCCUGGGACUGACGGAGAAGAUUAAAGAGUUGCUGCCAGAUUGGGGUGGACAGCACCACAGGCUUCGCGGGGUCCUGGCGGCCGCACUGUUUGCUUCCUGCCUCUGGGGAGCCCUGAUCUUCACACUUCACGUGGCUCUCAGGCUGCUGCUGUCCUACCACGGCUGGCUCCUCGAACCCCACGGAGCCAUGUCCUCACCCACCAAGACUUGGCUGGCCCUGGUCCGCAUCUUCUCCGGCCGCCACCCAAUGCUCUUCAGUUACCAGCGCUCCCUGCCGCGCCAGCCAGUGCCCUCGGUGCAGGACACCGUGCGCAAGUACCUGGAGUCCGUCCGGCCUGUCCUUUCGGACGAGGAUUUCGACUGGACGGCGGGCCUGGCUCAGGAAUUCCUGAGGCUGCAGGCGUCGCUGCUGCAGUGGUACCUGCAGCUCAAGUCCUGGUGGGCGUCCAAUUACGUCAGUGACUGGUGGGAAGAGUUCGUGUACCUUCGCUCCCGCAACUCGCUGAUGGUGAAUAGCAACUAUUAUAUGAUGGACUUCCUGUAUGUCACGCCCACACCCGUGCAGGCUGCUCGCGCUGGGAACGCUGUGCACGCCCUGCUCCUCUACCGCCACCGCCUGAACCGCCAGGAGAUCCUGCCGACGUUGCUGAUGGGAAUGCGGCCCUUGUGCUCCGCCCAGUAUGAGAAGAUAUUCAACACCACGCGGGUGCCUGGGACCCAGAAAGGUGAGACCCUCUCUCCCCUCCUGGCUCUGGGAGGCGGGACAGUCUGGCGGGGCCACGACCGCUGGUAUGACAAGUCCUUCACCCUCAUCGUCUUCUCCAACGGCAAGCUGGGCCUCAGCGUGGAGCACUCGUGGGCGGACUGCCCCGUCUCAGGGCACAUGUGGGAGUUCACUCUGGCCACCGAAUGCUUCCAGCUGGGCUACUCGGUGGACGGCCACUGCAAGGGCCAUCCUGAGCCCUCCCUGCCCCGGCCCCAGCGGCUACACUGGGACCUUCCAGACAAGGUCCACCUGUCCAUCGCGCUCGCCCUGAGGGCAGCCAAGACCUUGUCCGGAGACACGGACUGCCACGUCUUCCCCUUCUCCCACUUCGGCAAGAGCUUCAUCAAGCGCUGCCACCUGUCCUCAGACAGCUUCAUCCAGGUGGCCUUGCAGCUGGCCCACUUCCGGGACAGGGGUCACUUCUGCCUGACUUAUGAGUCAGCCAUGACGCGCCUGUUCCUGGAAGGCCGGACGGAGACGGUGCGGUCUUGCACGCGGGAAGCCUGCAACUUCGUGCGAGCCAUGGAGGACAGAGAGAAGACAGACUCCCAGUGCCUCUCCCUGUUCCGCCUGGCGGUGGACAAGCACCAGGCUCUGCUGAAGGCGGCCAUGAGCGGGCAGGGCGUGGACCGCCACCUGUUCGCACUCCACAUCGUGUCCCAGCUCCUCCACCUGCAGGCGCCCUUCCUGGACCAGGUUCACUCGGAGCAGUGGCAGCUGGCCACCAGCCAGAUCCCUGUGCAGCAAACCCACCUGUUUGACGUCCACAACUACCCCGACUACGUGUCCUCCGGUGGAGGGUUUGGGCCUGUGGAUGACCACGGCUACGGUGUUUCUUACAUCUUCAUGGGGGAUGACACGGUCACCUUCCACAUUUCCAGCAAAAAAUCAAGCACAAAAACGGACUCCCACCGGCUGGGGCAGCACAUUGAGGACGCGCUGCUGGACGUGGCCUCCCUGUUCCAGGAGGGGCAGCGUCUGAAGCGAGGGUGCCGGGGGCGGGGGGAGGAGGACGCGGGGAACCGGCGUGGGUCUCUCCCCGGCCACUAGGGGCUCCGGGGCACCCCUGCCGCCCACCAACCUGUGAUCUCUUCCGGCCGGACCUGGUCUCCCCGGGAAGUCGUGGGCGGGUCUCCGUGGCUGGGCUGGUGCAGGACGGAGGCACCCUGUUUGGGCUUGGAAACCCCACAUCUGGUCCAAUAAAGAUGUGUGAGCUGGG